CCUUCUCUUCCCUGGCCGAGUCAGGGAGCAGGCUAUCGUAAGUCGCUCUCCUGAACGCAAUCUGAUGCCCCCCUGAUCGUGGGAAGGACCAGCGAGGCUCGUGUAGGCCGCAAUUCAAACCGCGUUAUAGUAUGGAUCUGCGUCAUGAAUGUUAUUUGACAUCAUGACUGCUCCAUAUCGCACCAAGUGAGCAUCUUUGUAAGUGUAUGUUGCCUACGAGGCCUAGCACACGUUGGAGCGUGCAGCUGUGAAGGUGGUCAUGAACCAUUUGGUGUCAAGGUGUGGGCAGUGAAAACGUGGGGGUAGCCGCACAGAACGUGUAUCUUGACCUUCGGAUCUUUAUAUUUAUUAUUUCUCUGUGGACAUCCUGGCACAAGUCUGCCGCAGCUAGCCGGCAAGUCCAGGGAGGCUGUAGGCAGCGGCUAGCGCCGACGUUGCAAAUAUUGGGAAAUCGGUCGAUCCCCCACGCGCCAUGACGGCCCUGGCACUGAAGCCAGAUGAGCAGAUGGAGCGAUUCAAGACCUAUGUGCGCUCCCUGAACGAGCAGUUUGCGCGCUGGGUGGUGCAGCAGUGGGAGACCAAGAGCGAUAAGUUCUGGAGCCAUGGCAUGGUGGACUAUCUGCGCCAUGCUGUCAUCAUCAAGCGAGACCACCCAGAUGCUGCAGCCUUGCUUGACCAGAAUGGCAAGAGCGAGAACCCGGAACGAAAGCACGAGGCGCAGCUCACCAUACUGCCCCUGCAGCACUCCAAGGCAUGUACACUCUCCUCAUGCGAUCCAACCAGCGCCAAGGCGAUGGCUGAUGUUGCAUGCGUGAAUGCGCAGACGGUGCACUUUGUGCGCCACGGAGAGGGGUUCCACAACAUUGGCAUUGUGAACCUGGACGCGCAUCUCACAGAGGCGGGCUGGAGGCAGGCCGAGGCGCUGAACAAGCACGUCGCGGGGCUGAAGCCAGCGCUCGACAUCCAGGCACGCCCUGACAGAUACAAUAUUGUGGUGAUCGUGUCGCCGCUGAUCCGCGCGCUGGAGACGGCGGCCGGCGCGUUUGGCGCGGGCCCCUUCAAGGGCUCGGGCCGGCCGCUGAUGCUGGCGCAGAGCGGCGAGCCGGACGAGUGCGCGGCGCACUGCGCGGUCGCCUGCCCAGAGGGCAUCCCCUUCAUUGCCUUUGAGGGCUGCCGCGAGCGUCUCGGCUCGGCGGUGUGCGACAAGCGGCGGGACAUCGCGUUUGCGGAGGAGCAGUUUCCGGGGAUCGACUUUUCGCACAUCGAGCGCGGCGCGGACGUUGUGUACGACCAGCACAAGGUGGAGAGCGAGCACGCCGUCAUGGAGCGGGGGGCCCGCUUCCUGCAGUGGCUCAUGGCCAGGCCGGAGUCGCGCAUCGCGGUGGUGAGCCACUGUGGGUUCAUCUUCCUGACGCUGAGUGCGUUUGGGCACGAGUGCGCGCACAGCGUGCAGGAGGAGAUGCACCGCGGAUUCGACAACUGCGAGAUGCGUUCCAUGAUCAUCACCGACGCGGCCGGCGGCGGCCGCUUCAACAACUCCUGGUUCCCCGGCGGCCGCGACCGCUGCGGAGGCCAGCAGCGCCAAAACUCUUCAGCGGGCGUGCCGGUGUGCUGCGGCUUCCGGAAGCUGCUGUCGGACCUGGUUGGGAAGCUGGAAGAGGCCGGGGGGAUCGGGAGGGCUGUGGAUGCCGUCUGCACACACGGCGGCUUCCGCGCAGCUGCUGGGAAGUUGAGGCUGGAGAGGUGCAAGCUGGUGUGGAUUGCUCCCGGCCCCUGUGCAGCAGCAGAGGAUGACAGGGGCCAGUCUGGCACGCAGGCCACCAUCGCCACCGCCACGCCGCUCCCAUAAACCUUCAUCAUCAGCGCGAAGCUGCCCUGCACCCAUCCCAGCGCGAAUGCCACCGCCCCAGCGAUGCAUAUGAUGUAUAGACAGAGCUGCUCUGCCAAUUUCUGCCCCUGGAAGUCCAUGAUGGUACUGAUCG